GAGCCAAUGGGACCGGGGAGCAGGGGCGGGAAAACGUGUGAGGGCCUUUUCCUCUGACUGCAAUUCGGAGGAGCAAGGGAAUUGCGGGGGCUGGAGAGGAAGCAGGGGUGGGAAAUAAGAGGGACCUUGGCAGGAUGGAAAAGCUAGAAGCCCGGGGGUGGGGAAGGGCGACGUCAACGGAGCCCCAAGGGUGGGGAGCCAAGGAAGAGCAGUAUUCGUGUCACACACAACACCCCAACGCCCUCCCCACUCCCGCCGCCCCCACCAACUCUGAACUAACCUCUGUUCCGGCCCCCGUUCCAUCAGCACGUCCCUGCUGUGCUCCUCCUGGGGACCCUGAAGUAAAGCCCAGAGCCUGAACCUGAAAUCCUGCAUUUCAGUUCCCAGCCCUGGGUCUGGAGGACAGCACGGGGUGAUCAGCAGAGGGUGGAAAAGGUUCUGGGGCUGAAGAAAGGGUGAAAUACUUGUGCACCACCCCUUCCCCAACACACACCUCUCCCCAUAUCUUGACAGCUCACACCACCAGGUGGGAGUUUUCCCACUGCCUGCCCUCCCUGCCUCACUCUCCCUGAUUUUCCCACCUUCAACCAUGAUGAAGCAGCCCAGUUGAUUCUGAGGCUGGAGAAGUAGGUUGGUUUGGGGGCUGCGGCUGGAGGUGGGCACACAGUAACUUAGGCAGCCCACCACCACCGCGAGAAUGCAUCUGGUAAGCACGGGCUGUCACAAGACUGGGACUAGGGGUGAUGCUAUCAGUGACUUCAGAAGAGUCAACAAACUUCCCCCUCACCCCUCCGCUUCGGGCUGCGAACUCAACACCUCCUCGGGCUGACAGCCCCCUCUGUGCUUGGGAAGAGCAGCUUCUCUGCCUCCCUGCUAACGGCCCUAUAGGACCAAGAGUCCAGAGCGUAAGAGCUGGGGCCCCAGCUCAGCAAGGCGGACGGAGAGAGCAGUGGGGCCAGCGCUACAGGGUUUUCCUCACCACGGCUCCCAGCCAGAUGGCUCUCCUCCUCAGACCUUUCAGGGUCCCUGACUCAGUCCUAGGUCCUUAGGACACUGUUAGAACUCAUCCCUGGGUGAGCCUGGAAGGGCCCCCCUCCACCCAGCGAGACCAGCUCCCUCCCAGGGGAGACUGCCCCUCAGAACUCAGGACCAUUCCUGCAGAGGCACUGAAGGCCAAAACUGACCUUCUGAAAGGCUCAAGCUUUGGAUGACUGACAGCCCCCAGAUCCUGCUCUAGGUUCCUUCCUUAGGAAAUGCCAAGGUCAGGCACAACCGUGCCAGGUCCCUGCCCCUCCCUUAUGCUGCAGACACCAGCCCCAGAUUCACCGUGGGCAGCAGGAGGAAGUCUGGUCAGAACUCUUAUUGCAACAGGGCCCCAGAUCUAUAAAAUCCCUGGUGAGCGUAGACCUUUAGACAGCCUGUCCGAGUACUCUGCAUGGAGGCCGGCCUGGAGUCUCUGCCUUACCUGCUGGACAGCACACCCUCCCUCCUCACCCAUCCCCUAUAGCCUCCUGAAAUCUUGACUUCCACCUCAGCCGGGGCAGACAAUGCCUCCCAACCUCACCGGCUACUACCGCUUUGUCUCGCAGAAGAACCUGGAGGACUACCUGCAAGCCCUAAACAUCGGCCUGGCGCUGAGGAAGAUAGUGCUGCUGCUCAAGCCAGACAAGGAGAUUGACCAUCAGGGCAACCACAUGACGGUGAAGAUGCUCAGCACCUUCCGCAACUACGUUCUGAAAUUUGAGGUGGGAGUUGAGUUUGAGGAGGAUCUACGGAUCGUGGAUGGACGCAAGUGCCAAACCAUAGUAACCUGGGAGACAGAGCAGCUGGUAUGUGUGCAGAAAGGGGAGGUCCCCAACCGAGGCUGGAGACACUGGCUGGAGGGAGAGAAGUUGUAUCUGCAGCUGACAGCCAGGGAUGCAGUGUGUGAGCAGGUCUUCAGGAAGCUCAAGUAG